CUGUCGGGGCUGGCGCUGAAGGUGGGGAUCCUGUACUACGGGGGGCGGCUGGUCACCGCCGGAGCCGUGAGCACCGGGGACCUGGUCACCUUCGUCCUCUACGAGAUGCAAUUCACCACGGCCGUGGAGGUGCUGCUCUCCGUCUACCCCAGCGUGCAGAAGGCUGUGGGCUCCUCGGAGAAGAUCUUUGAGUACAUGGAGCGGACGCCCCGGAUCAGCCCCCCCGGUACGCUGGCCCCCCCCCGCCUGCGCGGGCACCUCCAGGUGCAGGAUGUCUGGUUCUCCUACCCCGGCCGGGACAACACCCCCGUGCUCAAGGGGGUGUCUCUGGAGCUGCGCCCCGGGGAGGUGACGGCGCUGGUGGGCCCGUCGGGCGCGGGGAAGACGGCGCUGGUGGCCCUGCUGGAGCGUUUCUACGAGCCCCAGCGCGGGCGCCUGCUGCUGGACGGGCGGGACCUGCGGGAGUACGAGCAUCGUUAUCUGCACAGCAAGGUGGCGCUGGUGAGCCAGAAGCCGGUGCUGUUCGCCCGCUCGCUGCACGAGAACAUCGCCUACGGGCUGGGGGGGCGCAGCCGGCAGGAGGUGAUGGGGGCUGCCCGGCGCGCCAACGCCCACGGCUUCAUCGCCCGGCUCAGCCACGGCUACGACACAGACGUCGGGGAGAUGGGGGGGCAGAUCUCGGGGGGGCAGAGGCAGGGAGUAGCCAUCGCCCGAGCUCUGCUCCGAGACCCCCGAGUGCUGAUCCUGGAUGACGCCACCAGCGCCCUGGACACGGAGAGUCAGCUGUGGGUGGAGAAGGAGAUUUAUGAGGGCGCCCGGGCCGGGCGCUCGGUGCUGCUCAUCGCCCAUCGCCUGAGUGCCGUGGAGCGAGCCGACCGCAUCCUGGUGCUGGAGGACGGGGAGAUCCGGGAGCAGGGCACCCACCGGGAGCUGCUGGCGCGCCGGGGCACUUACUGGCGCCUGGCGCAGAAACAGCUCAACGGGGACGCGGGGGGCAGCUCCGAGGAGGGGCUGGGGGCCGGAGGGCCCCCGUGCGCCCCUCUCCAGCGCGCCGUGGCCGGGCAGGGCGGGCCGGUCCCUCCCCAGCUCCGCUUUCGGUUUCUCUUCCCCCGGCCCCGGCGCUCAGAGCGGGCGGGAGGCGCAGCGAGGCGGAUGGCGCUGUUUGAAGUGUGCGGGGCCCCCCGGGGGGGCUGGGACUGGGCCCCCCCCGGAGCCGCCGCCGCGCCCCGGGGACCCGAUCACUACAGCUUCGGCCUGCGGGCCCCGGAGCUGGCCCUGCCCAGGGGGGAGCAGCCGGCCCAGUUCCUGCAGACGUUCUCCGCGGAGGGCCGGGACCGGGUGCGGAUCCAGCUGGCCCACGGCACCACCACCCUGGCCUUCAAAUUCCAGCACGGGGUCGUCGUGGCCACCGACUCCCGGGCAUCGGCCGGCAAAUACAUCUCCACCCUGCAGUUCAACAAGGUGAUCGAGAUCAACCCCUACCUGCUGGGCACCAUGUCGGGCAGCGCCGCCGACUGCCAGUACUGGGAGCGGCUCCUCGCCAAGCACUGCAGGCUCUACGCCCUGCGGAACAAGGAGCGGAUCAGCGUCUCGGCCGCCUCCAAGCUGCUGUCGAACAUGCUGUGCGAAUACCGGGGCAUGGGGCUGUCCGUGGGCAGCAUGAUCUGCGGCUGGGACAAGAAGGGCCCCGGGCUGUACUACGUGGACGAUAACGGGGCGCGUCUCUCCGGCCCCAUGUUCUCCACGGGCAGUGGGAACACCUACGCCUAUGGGGUGAUGGACAGCGGGUACCGGCCCGACCUCAGCGUGGAGGAGGCAUACGACUUGGGGCGCCGCGCCAUCUCCUAUGCCACCCACCGCGACGCCUACUCCGGGGGCGUCGUCAACAUGUAUCACAUGAAGGAGGACGGCUGGAUCCGGGUCGGCCGGACGGACGUCAGUGACCUGCUGCACCAGUACACGGACGCCAAGCAGGCCCUGGCUGCCCUGUGCCUGCUGCCCCCCCUUUACCUCACCCUGCGGCGCUGCCUGCCCCUGCCCGACGUGCCCCCCGCCCUGCUGGCCGGCGCCCCCUGGGCCUGGCUGCUGCUGAGCUAUGGGGCAGUGGGGCUGGCCCAGCUGACCUGGGGGGCCCUGGGGCAGGGGAACAGGGCUGGGGGGCCCAGCGCUGAGAAGACGGAGCGGGAGUCCAGGGCCACCCUGCGCCGGCUGGUGGGGCUGUCCCGGCCUGACGUGCCCUUCCUGUCUGGGGCCUUCGUCUUCCUCACCCUGGCUGUGAUCGGUGAGACCUUCAUCCCUUACUACACGGGGCGCGUCAUCGACAUCCUGGGCAGCGCCUACGACCCUGACGCCUUCUCCACCGCCAUCGGCCUCAUGUGCCUGGCCUCCUUCGGCAGCUCCCUGGCUGCUGGCUGCCGUGGGGGGCUCUUCAUGUUCACGCUCUCCCGGCUCAACAUCCGCAUCCGCCAGCUCCUCUUCUCCUCCCUGGUGCACCAGGACCUGGCCUUCUUCCAGCAGGUCAAAACAGGGGACCUGACCUCGCGCCUCUCCAAGGACACCACCAUGAUGAGCCGCUCGGUGCCGGCCAACGCCAACAUCUUCCUGCGCAGCCUGGUGAAGGCGCUGGGGCUGUACGGCUUCAUGCUGGGGCUGUCCUGGCGCCUGACGCUGCUCACGCUGCUCGAGACCCCCCUCACCAUGGCCGCCCAGAACCUCUACGACGCCCGACACCAGGCCAUGCUGAAGGCGAUCCAGGACUCCAUGGCGCGCUCCGGCGAGGUCGUGCGCGAGUCCGUCUCCUCCAUCGAGACCGUGCGCAGCUUUGCCACCGAGGAGGAGGAGUCGCGGCGCUACGAGGUGGCGCUGGCCGAGACCCACCGGCUGAAGAACCGCCGCGACCUGGAGAGGGCGCUCUACCUGCUCUUCCGCCGGCUGCUGCAGCUGGCCGUGCAGGUGCUGAUGCUGUACUGCGGGCACCAGCAGAUCCGCGCCGGGCUCCUGACCAAGGGCAGCCUGGUCUCCUUCAUCCUCUACCAGGGGGACGUGGGCAGCUACGUGCAGACCCUGGUGUAUAUGUACGGGGACCUGCUGAGCAACGUGGGGGCGGCGGAGAAGGUGUUCGAGUACCUGGACCGGGAGCCGGCCGUGCGCACCGACGGGACGCGGGCGCCGGAGUCGCUGCAGGGACACGUCUCCUUCCACAACGUCUCCUUCUCCUACCCCUCCCGCCCGGACCGCCAGGUCCUAAAGGACGUGUCCUUCGAGCUGCGCCCCAGGGAGGUGACGGCGCUGGUGGGGCUGAACGGCAGCGGGAAGAGCACGUGCGUGGGGCUGCUGGAGCGGUUCUACGAGCCCCAGGCCGGGGAGAUCCUGCUGGACGGGGCGCCCCUUCGGGAGUACGAGCACCGGUACCUGCACCGCCAGGUGGCCCUGGUGGGGCAGGAGCCCGUCCUCUUCUCCGGCUCCAUCCGGGAGAACAUCGCCUACGGGCUGGGGGGCUGCGGGGAGGAGCAGGUCACCAGGGCGGCCAGAGCAGCCCACGCCUCCGGGUUCAUCGCGGAGCUGGACAGAGGCUUUGAGACAGACGUGGGGGAGAAGGGCGGGCAGCUCUCAGCGGGGCAGAAGCAGCGGAUCGCCAUCGCCCGGGCACUGAUCCGCCAGCCGGCCGUGCUGAUCCUGGAUGAAGCCACCAGCGCGCUGGACGUGGAGAGCGACUGCGCGAUCCGCCAGUCGGUGCUGAGCCGGGGGCCCCGGACGGUGCUGGUGAUCGCCCACCGCAUGCAGACGGUGGAGAACGCCGACAGGAUCGUGGUGCUGGAGGGCGGGGCCGUGGCCGAGGAGGGGACGCACGCCGAGCUGAUGGGCCGCAAGGGGCCCUACUACAGACUGGUGCAGAGAGACCUGGCCGAGUAACCCCCCCGCCCCGGGGAAUAGCCCAGCACCGGCGUUACGGCCCGUCCCCUCCUCCCCCCCGGCACAGGGUGACAUGGAACAUACUGACAGCGGCUGAUUAGUGUAUGAUGUCGGGUCACUGGCUUUAUCGCCUGUGUUAGGGUUUAGAUCAGCAUUUCUCAAAUGUGGCCACAUCCGGCCACCAGGGGUUUGUCUUGUGGCCACAACCUCCUGGGCAGUGAUGGGGGGUGGGGGUGGCAAAGCAUUCACCCCUUCCACGGGGCCACCCAUGGGGAUUGGGCCCUGCCCCCCUCUGAAGCACAAACUCCAGAGGACCAGGCAGCCAGUGUGAGUUCCCCCCUUUCCCAGGGGCAGUGGGGCUCAGGCUUCCGGCUUCUGCCCUAGGGCGUUGGGCAGCUGGCUCCGGCCAUGGGGCUUCGGGUUCCAGCUGUCAGGGGUUCGGGCUCCAUCCCCUGGCCGUGGGGCAUCAGGCCCGUCCUGGGGCUCAAAACUCCCCCAUCACCCAUGGCCCGCGCUGCCUUCCCCAGCCCUCCAUUGCCCCUGGUCCCCGCUGCCUCCCUACCCA